AUGGAAAAAGUAAUAGUUGAGAGAAUUGAUUCGGGAAGCGAUUCAUCUUCAAAAGAAAAGACAUACAUUUGUGAAAUAUGCCAGCGAUCCUUCAGUCGCCUACAUAGGCUACAGUCUCAUAUUAAGUCCCAUAGAAAGGGGAGGGUUACAAAGAAUAAAGUGUCAACAGCGAGUGUUGAAUUGAAAUCUGAACAGGAAAUCAAAACUGAGGAGCCUGUUUAUGACAAUUCAGAUCCAAUUAUUAAAAAUGGGAAGCCUGAAUCCCGUUCCAGAAAGACUGCUUGUGUUUGUGAUGUGUGCAACAAGACCUUCAGCAGUAGGUGCUUCUUAGUCCGUCAUUAUCUAAUCCAUACAAAAGAAAAGCCGCAUGUGUGUGAAUAUUGUGGCAAAGGAUUUGCACAGAAAGGAAAUCUGAAUGUGCAUUAUCAAACCCAUACAGAUUUAAAAGAGUUUGGCUGUUAUGUCUGUGGUAAACACUUUGCCCAAAUGGGUGCACUUAAAGUUCAUCUUCUUAUACAUUCACAAGUCAUGCCUUAUGUGUGUUCAGUGUGCAGCAAGGGUUUCACUAAUAAAUGUUUCUUGGAAAGGCACCACCGCAUUCACACUGGAGAAAAGCCACAUGUGUGCACUAUUUGUAACAAAGGAUUUGCUCAGUUAGGGAAUCUUAAUGUUCAUUAUCAAACUCAUUCAAAAGAGAAAACAUAUGAGUGCAAAUUAUGUGGGAAAGGUUUUUCUCGAGAAAGUUAUCUAGAAAAGCAUUAUAAUACUCAUUUGAAAGCUGAUUCAGAUGAUAUUUCGUGA